AUGCAUGGUCUACCUAAAAUUCAUAAAUCGAUUAUUCCUCUCGGACCCAUUUUGUCCAUGCAUAUCUAUCUAUCCAUCUAUCUAUCUAUCUAUCUAUCUACUUUUUUCUUCUCUAGUAUAACAACAGUCACUCUCUCUCACAGACGCGCCGUCGCCUCUCUCUGUCUUUUCUACAAAUACUUUCAUGAAAUUUAUUUAUUUUUCAUUGUUUCAUUUUUUGUUCAAAAUACAUCGCCCUUAUUUUUGGUUUCUUUCAUACUCAAUUUUCAAUUACUUCUUUUCUUUUUCUUCUCAAAACAAUCCCCCCUUUCCUUUUCAAAACUUUCCCCCUUUCCUUCUAAAAACUAUCCCACUUCCCUUCUAAAAACUAUCCCCCUUCCUUCUAAAAACUAUCCCCCUUUCCUUCUCAAAACUAUCCCCCUUUCCUUCUCAAAAUUAUCCCCCCUUCCCUUCUCAAAACUACCCCCUUUCCUUCUCAAAACUAUCCCCUUUCCUUCUAAAAAUUAUCCCCCCUUCCUUCUCAAAACUAUCCCUUUCCUUCUAAAAAUUAUCCCCCUUUCCUUCUCAAAAUUAUCCCCCUUCCUUCUAAAAACUAUCCCCCUUCCUUCUAAAAAACUAUCCCCCUUUCCUUCUAAAAAGUAUCCCCCUUUCCUCCUAAAAAUUAUCCCCCUUUUCUUCUCAAAACUAUCCCCUUUCCUUCUCAAAACUAUCUUCUAA